CGUAUAUAGAUAUAUCUAUAUAUAUAAAGGUUCCUUAAAUGUUUAUUUAGUUUUGCUUUGUGUGAAAGAUUACAAUUCAUCAGCAGGUUUGAGGAGUGGAAUCUCAUUACAGCAACUGAUUUUUCCUAGACAUGAAGAUGUGUUUGCCUUAUAUAAUCAUUGGCACCUGCUUGCUGGGAACCACUGCUUUUAGAGUCAAUCGUUUGGAGAACCCAGAAGAAUGCCAGGAAAGGAUCAUGCAUUUCAAGCAAUAUGUUAUCUUAAGCGGGGAACCAGCCAUGCUAAAAUGUCCAUCAUUCCAGUAUCUCAAGUUGGAUUCCUAUAGAACUCAGGAGCUAUCACUUAAUCUGAUUUGGAUGGCAAAUGACUCUAAGGUCAUGGAUCAUGGACAGGAAUCUCGAAUUCAUUCAGAAGAAGAAUAUCUUUUGUUUUUCCCAGCAUUAACUGAAGACUCUGGGAUCUAUACUUGCAUCCUAAGAAAUGAAUCAUUUUGCAUUGAAGUAGCAUUAUCACUAAGUGUUCAAGAUGCUACAGAGGUGUCCCUGUCUGAUAUAGCAUAUGAGCAGAUUGCUUACGAGGAAUCCAAUUUUCAGAUAUUUUGCCCAGACUUACACGAUUUUACAAGAAAAAUAACAGAUAUCCAGCUAAAAUGGAACAAGGAUGGACAAGCUUUAUCCAUAGACAAUAGCAAGUAUAUAUAUACUGAUGGAACAACAUAUCUUCUCAUUAAUAAUGUGCAAAAGGAGGAUGAAGGAUAUUAUACCUGUGAAUUAGCAUAUACAUAUGGGAGCACAGAAUAUACCAUUUCCAGAAUUAUCACUCUACAGACUAUUGGCCAAGAGAAGAAGUACAAUCCUGUUAUUGUAAGCCGUAAAGACAUAUCAGCUGCUACUGGUUCUAAACUAGUUAUUCCAUGCAAGGUAUUCACAGGAUAUGGUAGCACCUCUGUCACCCUUGUUUGGUGGCUGGCAAAUGACUCAUACAUUGAAGAAUUCUUCAGUGAUAGCCGUGUAAUGGAGGGUGAACUUCAAGAGACAACAGAAAAUGAUGCUCUUUUCAUUGAAGUGCCACUGAUUUUUGAAAAGGUCAUUGAGGAGGAUUUCACUACAGACUUUAAGUGUAUUGCAAGAAAUGAUAAUGGUUUUCAAGUCCUUCCGACACAGAUAAAAGAAGCAGCCUCAUCUUUUGCCUGGUAUAUUGCAGCUGUUCCAGCAGUUUUGGUAUCACUGAUUUUAUUAAUAAUAGCAAUAUGCAGAUACAAGAAAUCAGAAAAAAGCAAAGAUUAUACUCUGACAAAAUCAUGAGAGGAACCAUACAUAACAAAAUCUUGCAAAUCUUGUUCCCAUCUUUGGAAUUCUGAGUUUGAGGGGAUGCGCUGAGGAAACAAGACUACAGCAAACUUGUCUUAGAAUUAUACUGUAAAAAUAUAUAAAGUAAUCAUAUUAAUUUUUCUUGGAUGCAGAUGUGAAUCUGAAUACAUUUUAUGAUAGUAUCAAAUAGUUAUGGUUUAUUCUAUGUAUAUUAAAAAUAAUUAAAAAUAUAAACAAAUUUA